AUGACACCCUCCUGCGCGCCGCUAUGUCGGUUUGACGACAGGCUCCACUUCACGACAUUCUCUGGCACUCUCCCUGAUCCACACGUUCUCAACGAAGAUGCAAGUUUGUCGGAACUGAGGCCGCGUAUUCGAGGACAAAAUGGAUCGGUUAUCUCAUCGCCUGAGGAUGCACAGUACUACUGGUUCACUGUCGACGACCAGCUAGUCUACCUCUCCUUCUUCCAGGAUUGGGGUCCACUGAACCUCGCCAUGGUCUACAAAGCGUGUAUCUUAAUACACGAACUUCUACAGGACGAGCAAUUGAAGACACAUCGACUAGUCCUUUACGCAUCUGAUGACCCGCGUAGGAAAGCGAACGCAGCGUUGCUUAUGGCUCUCUACGUGAUGAUCGUGCAACGGCGGCCACCUUGGGAAGCCUUUCACCCCAUUGCCUGCUUGGAAUUCAUGGCGUUCCGAGACGCGGGACGUGGCCCGUCGGACUUCAACCUGAGCAUACAGGAUUGUCUCUGGGGGCUCUGGAAAGCCAUGCAGAAUGGGCUCUGCGACAUGAACGAGUUCAGCGUGGAGGAGUACGAAUACUAUGAGAAGGUGGAAAACGGCGACUGGAACUGGAUAACGCCUCAUUUCAUCGCAUUCGCUAGCCCUCUAGACCCUCACUGGCUCAAGAGGGAGAAAGAAAGGAAGGCUAGUGAAGCCGAUGGUCCAGAUGGGUCCACAUCCAGCGGCAGCGCCCUGCAGCGUAAACUUCCCCAGCCGUUCAUCAAUUGCCUCGAAUACUUCGACAAGCACAAUGUGAAGCUCGUGGUCAGGCUAAACACCGAAUUGUACGACCGCCAGGUGUUCUUAGAUCGCGGCAUCAACCACGAAGAACUCUACUUCGACGAUGGUACAAAUCCCACGGACGAGAUCGUUCGUAGAUUCAUCGACAUGGCGGACGAUGUCAUUGAAGGCGGUGGUGCGGUCGCUGUGCACUGCAAAGCUGGGCUCGGCCGCACGGGAACACUCAUAGGAGCGUACAUGAUCUGGAAAUAUGGUUUCACCGCGAACGAGGCCAUCGCGUUCAUGCGCAUCGUCCGACCUGGCUCGGUCGUGGGGCCACAACAACAUUAUAUGUACCUGAAGCAGCUGGAGUGGAAUAAGUGG